AUGGGCGACGAUAAGUUCGAAUACAAAUCGCUUCCGAUUCCCACCUACGAGGAGGCCACCGCACAGGCAUCUUCAUCACGGUCAGAUCUGGGCGAUGGUACCGAUGUCGAGCGACAGGGACUACUCGGUCGGCAGGCCUCCAACUAUAAUCCCCCGACGGUAGAGUCUGAACGGGGCAGUCUCGAUGGCCUGGCCUCAUCCGCCUCGGGGUCAACCCGAGGCUCAACAGAUGAGCUACGCAGGGAACUGGAUCAGAUGGAUGUAGAUGAUUCAGGACAAGGCUCGUCCACCGGGGCUCGUCCACGCUUUCGGCACCACCUGUCAAAGCGCUUAUCUAGUCUGACUCGCACGCUGUCCGCAAUGCAACGACCAUUACGGAGAUAUCUACCGCCGAUGCCCAGAUUGCGCUUCACCAUCAAUUUACAAGAAACGGGAUCGCACUUCAAGGACCGCGGCUGUUUGAUGGUUCUGCGGAUGUUUGCCCUGCUGCUCGUCGUGGCCCUGGUGUACGUCUUCUUCAUUGGGGAUGUCUUCAACCUGAACAAUCGCAUGGUGAUUGGCCAGACAUACAGCGCCUCCUCGGUGGAGAACUUCAUUCAGUCACAUAUCAACGAAACGAACAUUGCCGAAAACUUGAGGUUAGUCGCAGGGAAUACUCGAGUGGCUGGAACGGAGGGAAGCUUUGUGCUUGCCGAAUGGAUCGAGCAUGAGUUUCACAAGGCUGCAUUCGACAAGGUCGAACGUGAGGAAUUCCAAGUCUACCUCAACUAUCCACGGGAAGGUGGGAGGAGGAUAGCUAUUGUGGACCCUCCCAACCUGGCCUGGGAGGCUGCCCUUGAAGAGAAAGAUGCGCAAUAUCCGGCGUUCCAUGGCCACUCCAAGUCCGGGAACGUCACUGGGCCCCUCAUUUACGCCAACUUUGGCUCGCGUGAAGACUUUCAACUUCUGGCUGAGAAGGGCAUCUCCGUCGUUGGCUCGAUUGCCCUGGUCCGAUAUUACGGAUCGGAAGGCGAUCGUGCGUUGAAGGUCAAAGCGGCCGAACUGGCCGGGGCAGCGGGCUGCAUCAUCUACUCUGAUCCCGCUCAGGAUGGCUUCGUGCAGGGACCGGAAUAUCCCGAGGGUCGAUUUAUGCCGGCAGACGGAGUCCAAAGGGGCGGCGUGAGCCUGAUGUCCCAUAUUGUGGGCGACGUACUCUCCCCAGGAUUCGCCUCCACACCGGGUGAGAAGAAGCGGCUCUCGCCAGAGGACAGUCCCGCGUUAGUGCAGAUUCCCAGUCUGCCCAUUGCCUGGCGCGAUGCACAGCGCCUCUUGCAGGUCAUUCAAGGCCAUGGAUUCAAAGCGCCAAACGGAUGGAUUGGCAGUGUUCCCCAGAUUCCAGAGUGGUGGACCGGUGACCAACGUUCGCCGACGGUCCAGUUGAUGAAUCUACAAGAUGAGGUCGAGCGCCGGCCCAUCUACAACGUUCACGGUACCAUUUUGGGGCUCGAGGAACGCGAUAAGAAAAUCAUUGUCGGCAAUCACCGCGAUGCCUGGUGUCUCGGUAGCGUCGACCCGGGAAGUGGCACGGCAGUAUUCAUGGAACUCAUUCGAGUCUUUGGAGAGCUGCUCACCUAUGGGUGGCGGCCGCUUCGGACCAUCGAGUUUGUCAGUUGGGAUGGAGAAGAAUACAACUUGAUCGGAUCCACCGAGCAUGUGGAAAAGGAGGUGGAGGACCUUCGUAAAAAUGGGUACGCAUAUCUCAACGUCGAUGUCGGUGUCUCGGGUCCCAAUUUCCGCGCAUCGGGAUCGCCGGUGUUUGAGCGAUCCGUUCACCAGAUUCUGGGCCGACUCUCCGACCCUUUCGCCAACCAGACUCUCAAAGAGAUCUGGGACCGCAAGGGCCAGCGACUUGCGCCACUUGGUGCGGGUAGUGACUACGUGGCUUUCCAGGACAUCGCUGGCACCUCCAGUAUCGACUUUGGCUUUGAAGGCGAGGCCUACCCCUACCAUAGUUGCUACGAAAACUACGACUGGAUGGAAAAGUUUGGUGACCCGGGUUUCGUUUACCACAAAAUCCUCGCUCAGUUCUGGGCCCUCCUGCUUCUGGAUGUGUCGGAGAAUCCCAUGUUGCCUUUUGACAUGGAAGCGUAUGGCAAAGCCGUCACUGGGUGGGUCAAAGAUUUGGACUCCUUCGCCAGCGAGAAAAAAGCCGAGGUCGACCUGCAAGUACUGUACAACGCCGCGGCGGAGUUGGAAGCCAAUACGGCCCGAUUCCAAUCCUGGAAUAAUGUCUGGCACGACACGGUCUGGGGCUCGGGUGGAUACGAAAGCAACGUGAUGGCGAUCCAACGGGUCAAACACAAUAUACGCAUGGCUCAAUUUGAUACAAAUCUUUUGGAUUUGGCCGCGGACGGUGGUAUUCCCAACCGCACACAAUUUCGGCAUGUUAUCUUUGGACCGGAGCUUUGGUCGGGUUACGAUGCCUCCAUUUUCCCUGCGAUCCGCGACACGAUUCGCAUGGGCAACUGGUCUCUUGCCCAGCAUUGGAUCGACAGAGUCGCCAACACGAUCCACACCGCUAGCGACAAACUACUGAACUAG